AUGUUCUGGCGUUUCGGUGGCUAUGCCAACAUCUCCUCAAUCGACUCCAUCCUCGAGAAACCCAAUGUCUCCCUCGACGAGCUGCUCGAUGAGAGCGACCUGAUCCAGGAGCUCAAGCAGAACAACUCCAAACUCAUCGAGUUUCUGAGAGAAGAAUCCACUCUGCAGACCUUAUUGGAAUAUGUCGUCGCCGACAAGCCCCCGCACUCCGACAAGGCUUCAUCCACUACCAAGGACGACGAACCCGACAGGUCAUCUCCUAUCAGCUUCUUCAANAAGUCGGCCUCGCGCUCGCGCUCAAAGUCGAUUAACAAGUCCGACGCUGGUGGUGAUGCUGAAGGCGACGACGAAGAUAAGGGCGAAGCCUUGCGCAAGAAAUACGCAUAUGUCGCAUGCGAGGUCCUUUCUUCCGAUGUCUGGUCCAUAACUGAGGCCGUGCUCGAAUAUCAGAAUUACCUUCGCGACUUUUGGCACUAUGUCAGUCGCCCUGCCCCACUUGACCCUCUGCAGGCUGGCUACUUCACAAAAGUCAACGAAUCUUUGUUGGACAAGAAGACGGAUGAGAUGCUGGCCUUNUUCAAGUCUCUGGACCACAUUGUUCCUGACAUGCUGCAACAUGUCGACUGCCCAAUGAUUAUGGAUUUGCUGUUGAAAAUCAUCAGUCUGGAGAAAGCUCCGGGAGGCCAAGGAAUUGUUGAUGUGAGUUGUGUCGUUCCUUCCGUUGAAGCGAGAAUUGCUGACAAUUUUUCAAAANNGUGGUUACAAACACAGGACCUCAUUCCCGUCCUCUUGUCAUACCUUGGUCCUGAUAACAGCGCAUCCACUCAGACAGCCGCUGGCGACUUCUUAAAAGCAAUCAUUACCAUUUCUGCGAACGCUACCACUCAGGAUCAAACUGUCAUUGGCCCCAACGAAUUGACCAGACAACUCGUUUCUGAUGAAUGCACAUCCCUCUUAAUCAAGAACAUGCUCUCGGGAGGCAAUUCGCUGACAGUUGGAGUCGGAAUCAUCAUCGAAGUCAUCCGUAAGAACAAUUCGGAUUACGACCUCGACAAUCAGGUCGGCCCCGAGCCUAGAACAACCGAUCCUAUCUAUCUUGGAAGCCUUCUUCGUCAAUUUGCGAAACACGUUCCCGAUUUCAUGCAUCUGAUUAGAAGCUCUGGUGCUCAGAAGCCUGGCCUCAAAACCGCUUUUGGCAAGGAGAUUCAACCUCUGGGUUUUGACAGAUUCAAGACUUGCGAGCUCAUGGCCGAACUUUUGCACUGUAGCAACAUGGCCCUUUUGAACGAACGCGGAAGUGAUGCCCAAAUAAAGCACAGGGACGAGGAAAGAGAAAAGCUGAAGCUGGAAGGACGCCUUACAGGACAACCAAUCGAAGGUUCUUCGUACGGCGAGCACGAGCCUUUCGCAAGUAGUGUCGACAGCCAUGGAUUCCAUCAUGCACAAAGACCCGGAGACGACCUCAGCGGAUCCCCAGAAGAGAUUAAGAGACUCGAAGUGCAGAAUGCGUCCGAGGAGGAUGGGUUUGAGAAAGUGGCUGUCUCAGAUGCCGACGAGUUCAAUGAGAUUGCAGCUGAUACAAGUCUACCACCUCUAACUAAGCAGGACGACCCGUCAAGCAUCCACCACGUUCCGAAAGAAACAUCUCAAGACGGCACAACCGUUCUUACAGAAGAGAUCAGCCAAUUACACAUUGACAGCCCUGAGCAAGAGGGUGAUGGUCCUCAACUUGAGGGUAAGCGCCGCGUCUCACUGUUGACCCAGCAGCUUCAACAACAUAUUCAAGAAUCUGAGCUCAACUUUUCAUCAGAUCAGCCCGGAACCGCCCAAGAAGACGCGGACAUGCUCUCACAUCCCGAGGACAAGCCAGCACCUUUGUUCGCUAGUCCUAGUAAGAACAGUCAAUCCGCGACGAGCUCCAACGAAGAAGACCCUAGCCAUAGUACGGCUACGCUACAACCCGAUCCUCACAACACUGAAGGUGACAACGGACUUUGGGAGGCUGAUGUGGACGGCUCGCCGGUUGUUGGAGAUUUGCUCAAGAUCAUGUUUGUCGAACACCAAGUCGUCCCCACAAUUCUGGUAAGUCUCUUUUUUUGCUUUGGAUCUUGUUUGUUAUACUUAUGUUGCAGNGACUUCUUCUUCCGCUUCCCUUGGAACAACUUCCUCCACAACGUGGUAUACGAUGUUGUACAGCAAGUCUUCAAUGGCAGUUUCGAGCGCGGUUACAAUCGCACACUCGCUAUCGACCUCUUCUGUCACUCUAGUUGCACCGACUUGGCUUCUCAGGCCGAUGUCACUCAACGCAUCCUCGACGGACAAGCCGCCUCCGAUAACGCGCAGAAGGAGAAGGGCAUGCGUCUCGGUUACAUGGGUCACUUGACCUUGAUUGCCGAAGAGGUUCUGAAGCUGCAAGAUCGUCAACCCCCAGAGAUCCUAGGUGAGCAGAUUAUGGAGCGCAUCACCCGUGAUGAAUGGAUUCAAUAUCUCGAGACGACGCUCUCCGAGACUAGAGAUCGCGACAAUGCUGUCCUGGGCGGUGUGAAACCUGACCAAGGAUUUGGUGCUCGACAGGUGGGCAUGGGUGCCAACAGCAUGCUCGGACAGGGUAACUUUUCUGGCGGCAACAACUCGAGCGCUCUGUCCAACGCAGGCCUGGUGCCAGCUGACAGUAUGGCGUUGCAAGAGGCAGGAGAUGCAAGCAGCUACGACACAGGAUCCGCAGGCCUGCUCAGUGGCUUUGGUAACGGCGACGACGAUGAUGACGAUCUUGAGGAGUCGAUAACUGGAGAGAAGAGGGAAAAGGCGGUCGAUGAUGAUGAGCAGGUCGGUGAACUCUCGUUUGACGAUGUCGACAUCAACCACUUCCGAUAA